AUGGCAAUUGAGCAUUGUAAAAUUCAGCUACACUCCUGGUUUCGAAACAGAUCUGCCAAGGCUCAGUAUUAUGAUGGAGGAGACUUUUCUAUUAAGUUUAAUGUGGGCCCCAGUGGUGCAACAAAGCUGACUGAGCAAUUACUCAGGCCAAAGCAGACACUCACUGUCAUCAAGUCACUGAUAGACAAAUCAUUUGCUGAAGGAGAUGACAGCAUCAAAGCUGAGAUUCAAGCCAAAUUUGAAGUGCAGCUUGAUAUUUGUAAUGAGGAUGGUGAAGGAUUAAGGGUUAUGCCCAUGCCUGCAGCAUGGAACAUUCAUUCCAUCCAUGGUGAGGAAGCCUAUUGGAGAACUCACACAGAAGACCAGAUAGUCUUCCAGCAUUAUCAGUGGUAA